AUGGCCCCCUCACUUGAACUGCUCCUCAAGAUCUCCUAUUAUGCAUACCCAACUCUCGUCUUCGCCUACUACGUCGUCUGCUAUGCAUUUGCGACAUGCACUCUCCAGACAACGCCCUUGAAAGAGCAGCACCCCCGCCGGCGGCUCAUGACAUCUCUGAUGCUCAUCGCCAUUCUCACUUAUCUGUCACAAGCAGUGCUCAUCCUGUUCUCGCCCAGCCCUGUUCGGCAGGACGCCAUCGUCGGGCUUCUUGCCUGUGUUUUGGUCUUUGGCCUUGAGCUGGCAAUCUUGCAUGAUACAAAGUCUCCCUUGUGGUAUAUUUACCUUGGCUCGUACGCUCUCGCCCUCGUAUUCGAUCCACUACUGGAGUUGUCGUCUCUGCAUCUCAACCCAGGCGCCUACUCGAAAUCGGCCUGCUUCGUGGACAUCUCGCUGGUUGCCAUACGACUCAUUUGCAUCAUCACCGCUUUUCUCACAUACUUUGCUUGGAGGGAUGGACGAAGCGCCCAGGAAGCUGGGAGCGACGCUGAACGGCAGUCUCUUAUUCGAAAGAAAGCUUUGGGAGGGUCUGACGAAACUCUUGUCUCGGAGUACGGCGCGACCGAUACAAACUCGGAUGAUUCCGCGAAGUCAUCGAGCAAGAGCCCCGAAUGCGAAUGGGAACGUCGUCAACGUUUGGCCAAGGAGCAGAGAGAUAAGCGUCUCAAAGAGACGGGAUCCUGGUGGACUUACGCCCUCGGCUUUAAGCUCUUCAUCCCCUACGUCUGGCCUGUCAACAACCGGGGCUUGCAGAUUCGCGCCGCGCUCGUUGGAGUUUGUCUCCUCGCAAACAAUGGACUCAAUGUUUUGAUCCCAACCCAGCUCGGCACUGUUAUGGAUACCCUCACAAAGUCAUACCAGGGCGACGAUGUGCCAGACAGCCUUUGGGACAGCCCUUGGAUCCAGGUUCUUAUCUUUGCAGGCCUGAAGCUGAGCGCGUCCGAAGCAGGCAUUAGCCUGCUCAGGCGGAGACUGUGGAUGCCGGUCGAAUUCUACGCCGACCGUGCGAUAACUGAAGCGGCGCAUUCUCAUGUCAUGAAUUUGGAUGCCAACUUCCACGACACACAAAGUCUAUCAGACGUCCUGGUGGCCAUUCAGAACGGUCAAAGCAUAAGCAACAUGCUCGAGACCAUCUGCUUUGAAGCCCUGCCGAACCUCAUCGACUUGGUCGUUGCUUUCAUCUAUUUGACCUUCAAGUUCGGCCCGUACGAGGGACUGAUCACAAUUAGUACUUCCAUUGUCUUUUUGUACAUUUCGACCACCGUCAUAGCACGCCUACGCUCCGCUCGCGAGACCGAGAUCUCGGCUUAUUUCGAGGAACACUAUGUUCUGCAGUCAGGGAUCUCGGGAUGGACGACUGUCAGCUCAUUCAACCAAGUUCAAUACGAGGAGAACCGGUAUUCUUCUGCCGUUCAGGACAGAAUCGCCAAGCAAAAGGUUGUCUGGGUCGGCUACUAUGCUGCUCAUGCAUUCCAGUACCUUGUGCUGCUCGGUGGUCUGCUCGCAGGCUUGUUCCUGGCCGUUUAUCAGGUCUCCCACAAAAUCACUACUGCCGGAGACUUCUUGACACUCCUGACCUACUGGUCUCAACUGAUGGCGCCUCUCAAUUUCUUCGCUGGGCUGGGCCGCAACAUUUCUCGCGACUUACUUCAGGCCGAACGACUGCUCGAUAUAAUGCAAACAAAAUCGAGUGUCGUCAACAAACCAAAUGCGCCCCCCUUCCAAUUCAAUGCAGGCUCUGUCGACUUCAAAGGCGUCAACUUUUCUUACGACAACAAAAAGCAGGUGCUGAAGAAUGUCAACUUCUCCGUGGACCCGGGACAGACUAUCGCGUUUGUGGGACAGACCGGCGCCGGCAAGAGUACUAUCCUGAAGUUACUGGACCGCUUCUACGACGUAACUGAAGGCGCCAUCGAAAUCGAUGGCCAAGAUGUUCGCGAGGUCGAUCUACACAGUCUUCGAGCCAACAUUGGGGUAGUCCCACAGAAUCCCAGCUUGUUCAACGACACGGUGAUGAACAAUAUUCGGUACGCGAGGCUCGAAGCAACCGACGAGGAGGUUUAUGAGGCAUGUCGCGCUGCAGCUAUUCAUGACCAAAUCCUUGGCUUUGCAGAAGGUUACAACACGCGCGUUGGAGAACGUGGCAUGAAGUUGUCUGGCGGAGAGCUCCAGAGGGUGGCGAUCGCUCGGGCGAUUCUCAAACAGCCGAAGAUUGUGUUGCUUGAUGAGGCAACGAGCGCGAUUGAUACUGAGACAGAGUUCCAGAUUCAACGGGCUCUUCGCCGUCUUUGCAAGGGCCGUACCACAUUCAUCGUGGCUCACCGCUUGUCCACUAUUGUCAACGCCGACCGGAUCGUCGUGGUUAUGAACGGCGAGAUUUCGGAAGAAGGCAAUCACGAGACGCUCAUAUCAGCCGGAGGCAAGUAUGCCGAGCUGUGGUCCAAGCAGAUCUUUGUGAAGCCCAAGGAGUCAAACAUGGAUGCAGACGGAAGCACGGGCGAUGAGGACAGCCCGAAGACCUCGAAGGUAACAACGAAAUCGAACACGAAUGGCGUCGUGGUCGAGGACGAGGAUUCUACCGAAGAUGGCGCGAAGCAAUCUGCGCAGGUGAAGACACCAUCGGGGCACAAGAAAGAGGGAUCAAAGUUGAACCCAGGCGCCCCCGAGUUCACUCCACGCUCUAUGGUUGCUGGACCAUCUGAGGUUCACAGUCCAGCGCCCAGGAUCAAGAUGGGCAGUCAGUCACCAGUGCGCAUCACAGCACCGAAUGCGGCUACGCCUACCAAGGUCCAUGCCGCAAACGACCUGUGUUCGUUGUUACCGGCGCCUGUGGUGAUGACAUCGGCCACCCCCGUUCAAAUCCAGGCUGAGGGCGGCCCUGUUGUCUCGUUACCCCGGCCAACCGGCCGCUCCUGGACGCAGAGCACCUCCGAGGAAAGUGUCGACAGUGGCCUCGUGGCGGUCAAAGAUACGACGAAGCCAGCAGCCAAGCAGGCGAUUGAACAGAAGAAGCAACCCCGAAAGGUCAGCUAUAAAAUACCCCGAUACACUGGCAGCCGUCGGAACCAGUCUCGAAGCGAGCCAUCCGACAGCAGCAUCAAGCCUUGA